ACUGCUCGCUUGUCAAUUGUCAUUGUCAUAUGUCAAUAUUUUGUUGCCACUGCACAGUUCGUCAUCUUUAACGUUUCGUUAAAAUUGUCUUCAGUUUAACUUCGAAAACAAAUUUUCAAAACUCUUACAAAGAUGGAUCGCCAAAACAUCAACAAUCAACAAGCCAACCAUCAAUCAUCCAACCGAACCAAUCAAUGCAAUCCUAAUCAUUUGCCAACAGGCCAGGGUCAUCCUGCUGCAUAUCCAGGAUCCCAGGAUAAAGCAAAUCUUAACAACCACGCCAACCAAAAGAAUCCGAAUAAUCAAAAUUAUGCUCAACAAAAAUGAGGUACAUACAAUGGAUUUGUAAACGUUUUUUUAUUUUGAUCAAAAAUAAAUCAAUAAUUAUAUCAUGAA